AAGAAAAAUCUUCGAACCGUAUUAUUUAAAUAUAUCUAGCACAUAAAUUAUUAUAUCUAUUAAGCCUAAGGUCUCAUCAAAUGCCGCAGAAAUCAAAAUAAAAGAAACUCGAGCACAGCGCCAUGAUGUGUUAGCCAAAAACGCGAGUAAAAAAUCGAAAUCUAGCAGUGUGACCACGGCGGAGGGUACCAAAAGAAGAAGAAGAAGCAUCAGCAAAGCAGAAAAGAAAAGUUUCAUUCGUUUUCGACUGCGUAGCGUUUUCCGUCACCAUCAAUUGCGAAUAUAAACGAAAACAAGAUUUCUGCAAUAGCUACUACUAUACAUCUGGAAUACUUCGUGUUGCCGCCAAAUAGCUGAAGCUGGAACAACUGAACAGCAAAAACAACCAAGCUCAGUGUGUUGUGUUGCAUUAGUGAUAUAACUAACAUCCGCCACAGCUUGCAGCAGCGGACUAUGUCUGACUAUUUGUGUCAACAGAACCCACAAGAGCACACAUAGCCAUGGCUGCGACGAGAAAACUGCAAGGGGAAAUUGAUCGAUGUUUAAAAAAGGUAGCUGAAGGCGUUGAAACGUUCGAGGACAUUUGGAAAAAGGUACACAAUGCUACGAGUACAAACCAGAAGCAAAAACAUCUGCAGGAGAAGUAUGAGGCGGAUCUUAAGAAGGAAAUUAAAAAACUGCAGCGCUUACGCGAUCAGAUCAAAUCGUGGAUUGCUUCAGCAGAGAUUAAGGAUAAAAGUGCGCUGCUUGAAAAUCGAAGAUUAAUUGAGACGCAAAUGGAGCGUUUUAAGGUUGUCGAGCGGGAGACAAAAACAAAGGCAUAUUCCAAGGAGGGUCUGGGCGCGGCACAAAAAAUGGAUCCUGUGCAACGCAUUAAGGACGAUGCACGCAAUUGGUUAACCAGCUCAAUUAGUUCACUGCAAAUACAAAUAGAUCAGUACGAAAGUGAAAUCGAGUCGCUUUUGGCGGGCAAAAAGAAACGACUCGAUCGCGAUAAACAGGAACGAAUGGAUGAUUUGCGUUCCAAGCUAGAUCGACAUAAGUUCCAUAUAACUAAGCUGGAAACAUUGCUGCGAUUAUUAGACAAUGAUGGCGUGGAAGCGGAGCAGGUGCACAAAAUUAAGGAUGAUGUGGAAUAUUAUAUUGAUUCAUCCCAAGAACCCGACUUUGAAGAAAAUGAGUUUAUCUAUGAUGAUAUUAUUGGUCUCGAUGAGGUGGAACUGAGCGGCACGGCCACAACGGAUAGUAACAACAGCAACGAAACCAGCGGGUCACCUAGCAGUGUCACAUCCGGUGGCAGUCCAUCACAAUCCCCCGUAACGGUGCAGCAGGUCCUCCAGCCCAGCAGCACGCAACCGCCAGCUGUGCAUAGUAGUGGCAGCAGCAGCGCAGGCAGUGGCACGCAGUACCAGCAGCAGCAGCAGGCAAAUGGCAACAAUGUUGGAUACGCGAGCGACACCAGCGCGGCAUCAUCGUCAACAGCGGAGACAGCGAGCACAACAACAGCGACGGCUCCCGAUAAACGCAAUAAAACCAGCGACAGCAAUACAACUAGUAAAGCAAAGCAACCUCAGCAGCCCAUCAAGCCUAUUGCAGUACGUGCAACGGCCAAGACGGCGCCAGCGGGUAGUGAUACUCAAGUCAAUAAGAUUGUCAGUUCAACGCCUAGCAAAAACCAACAGCUGCCCACAGCCGCGGCGGUCGUAGCGGCCAGCAUGACGCAAAGUAGCAGUAGCACCAGUAGUAGCGGAAUCAGCGGUCACAGCAAUGUUUUAGCCAGUGGUCAUAAUCCUGCCGUGCAGCCUCACGCUCCAACGCCUGUAACAAGCACAGUACAAGGGUCUGCGGUUAGCACUGCAGUAGCAACAGCGGCAAGCAAUAGCAGCAGCAUUCAAGGCCAAUCUGUGAUUCAAGCGACACCAACAAUUGCAUUUUCGGCAGUGGCUAAGCAUAAUACAUCACUACUGGAAAACGGACCUGUGUUGCAGCAGCAAACGCCCGUGCCGACGGUGGCGGCCAUUGUUGGCACAGGAGCGCCAGCACAUCAGCAACAACAACAGCAACAGCCCCAACAAACCGCGCAAUUAUCCAAUCUUCAAACGAAUUCCUCACACUUACAAAAUGGUCUGCCCGUCACUCUCAGCAACAACAACAAUAAUGCAGUAGUCGAUGCAAUAUCAUUGAAAACCAUGGCACAGGAAGCUAUCAAUCGAUCCGUGAUCGACACAAAUUCCUUAAACCAGCAAGCAGGCAACAUAGACACGAGACAGCAGCAGCAACAGACGCAGUCGGUGCUACAACAGCAUUUCAAUACGGAAACAACUGCCAGCCAACAACAGCAACAAGCGUCGCAGCAGCAGGCAACACAACAGCAGCAACAACAACAAGCGACAGUUGUAGCGGUGGCUGUAGUUACAAAUGGUCCCACAACAGGCAGUGCACUCAUGAAUCUUGCAAAUGCUGCCGGUCAGCCAAACAGCAGCAGCGGUAGCACUGGCAGCGGCAACACAAACAAGCCGCAUUCCACUCAGCAGCAACAACAACAAAUGCCAAAAACUGAGGCGUACAUACCACCGCUGUUAGGCGUAACACCAUUGGGUCCCACGCCACUGCAAAAGGAACACCAGGUGCAAUUCCAAAUGAUGGAGGCCGCAUUUUAUCACCUGCCACAGCCAAUGGACACAGAGAAGCUGCAAACCUAUUUUCAUCGAUCGCCUGUGCAAACGCCUCCACACUAUCCACAGUUGCCCUUAUACGAUACCGUUGAAUUUUAUCAGCGACUCUCCACGGAGACUUUGUUUUUCGUCUUCUAUUAUAUGGAGGGCUCUAAGGCGCAAUAUCUGGCUGCAAAGGCGUUGAAAAAGCAAAGCUGGCGCUUCCACACCAAGUACAUGAUGUGGUUUCAGCGCCACGAGGAGCCAAAAAUUAUCAACGAUGAUUACGAACAGGGUACGUACAUCUAUUUUGAUUAUGAGAAAUGGAGCCAGCGCAAAAAGGAGGGCUUUACCUUUGAAUACAAGUACUUAGAAGACAAAGAGCUGAAUUAAAUGCUGCAUCCAUCACAGCGCUGCUGUCAAGAGGAAUACAAUAAAAAGGAGAAUCAGUACCACACAGAAAACCACAAAUGAGAUAAUAUAAAACAAGCGAAAAGCAACCAAGCCGUAAGCUUAAGUGAAAAGGAAAAUGAAGUAUGAUACUUGUUCAGAAUUGCAUGUAAACAUAUUUUUUUUUAUGAAUGUUUUAUUGAUUAUUAUUACUUUUUUUAAAAAGAUUUUCUUUCUUGAAAAGCAAAGCAAAAACCUAUUUAUUAAGUAAAAACAAGUUAUGAAAAAAAGAAUACUAAAAGAUCCGUUAAAUAUGAGCGUUAAAUUUGAGCAACAAUUUCAAUUUUUUUUGAACACAGUCCACACGACCUAUCACCGUCAGAAUAUGUCUUUCCAUUUGCACGGCAUUCACGCAACUCCCCCCACCCCCUCACCUAUCCAGGCCACACCCUGCCAAACGCAUAUUGUAUAAAAAGCGCGUACAUAUUGCAGUAAAUCACAGAGAACAGUUCAUACUUUAAUUAAGCAAAUCCGAGGGCGCACCGAUUUUUCAAAUUCGGUUUCGUUUGAUUAUAAAAAACAAAAAACAAACAAAUUUAUCUAAACUAAUGAUACAAAUAUGUUUAAACGUAAUUUCAGCUGAUCUUAAUAAAUUUAAUUUUGAUGUAAUUAAUACGAUUACUAAGAUCAUGAUUAAGUUGAGUAUGAUGAUUGCUGCUGAAAAGCAAACAAAAACAAAAACCAACAAAUUAAUGCGUAAAAACAGACUCCUUUUUUAAACAUAAGCGAAUAAAGUAUGAGUAUAUAGUUGAAAAUUGUAAGGUGUUU